AUGGGAUGUGUAUUUUCUUCAAAUAGUCGAGAAGAAAACGAGGAAUUUAAUCAAUUCACAUAUACAAAGUUCGAGGAAUUUCGUGUUUGGUAUGAAAAAAAAUUCACGCCAACUAAUAAAUAUAAUCAAUUUAUAAAUGAAGUUGGAAAAACCGAGAUCAUUGAAAAACUGGAAGAUCUCAAAAAACGUGUAAUCGAAGAAGCUGCAGAGUGUCAAGUUGAAAAAAUUGAGUGUGUUAAAAAGCGUAUCAAUAACGCAAUUGAAUUCUGGCAAACUGCUCACAAACAAGGAUACAUGCUUACAAAAUUAGAAUUUUAUUCGUGGUUUUAA